ACGAAGGAUCGUUCCAAAAUACAACAAGGAAGUGGACAUUUAUUAAAAAGGGGGAAAAAAUUGCUAUUUUCAGAUCUGAAACAUUCGUAUUAUUAAGUUACUGUAUACAUUUAUUUUUUAUAUUUUUUAUGUUUCGGUAUUUUUUAUAAGUCAUCUUGGACUUGGCAAAAACCCGCUGCUGUUCGUUUCGUGGAUCCCGAUUCAAACUAGUUAGCGAUGAACACGGACGUCGAAUUUCACAUUAGGCAGAAUUAUCCGUGGAACAAGCUACCAGCAAGUGUCAAACAGAGUGUUGGGAACUCGCAGCGUGAAUAUGAGAAACAUGUGCAGUUGUACAGUAUCCGCAACCAGCUAAGGUUCCGCAAUAACCUAGUGAGACACGUGAGGAAGGAUGAGAGGAAGUACUAUGAGGAGCUGCUGAAGUACAGCCGAGAUCACCUGAUGCUCUACCCCUACCACCUGUCAGACAUCAUGGUCAAAGGCCUCCGCAUCACCCCCUUCUCCUACUAUAUCAGCAUCAUGGAGGACAUCAUGAACGUAGAGAAGAGUUACGACUCGCUGCCCAACUUCACUGCUGCUGACUGUCUAAGACUGCUGGGCAUCGGGAGGAACCAGUAUAUUGACUUGAUGAACCAGUGCAGGUCUUCCAAGAAAUUCUUCCGUAGGAAAACAGCGCGGGACCUGCUGCCCUCCAAGCCAAUAGAGAUCUCUGUAGAGGCGUGGUGGGUGGCUCAGACCGGAUACAUCACAGAGGAUGACAUCAGGAUCUGCUCGUUGGCAGAGAGGAAGGCAAUUGAUAAGAUGAUUGAUUCAGGACCCCAGCUAGCCGGAUCAAUGGAGUACAAUGUGGUACUGAGUCUGUACAACAGGGGAUACAUCUAUCUAGACGUACCCAUCUCAGAUGAAAGCUGUAUUUCAGUUCCUCCUCUGGAAGGCUUCGUGAUGAACAGGGUCCAGGGAGACUACUUUGAAACUCUUUUGUACAAAAUAUUUGUGUCCAUCGAUGAGCAGACUAAUGUGUCAGAGCUGGCUAAUGUUCUGGAGAUUGACUUGGGCCUGGUGAAGAAUGCUGUGUCUAUGUACUGUCGCCUGGGUUUUGCCCUGAAGAAAGGAAGCUCGUUCAGCGCCGAGCAGCUCCACCCCACAUGGAAGACUGCCCCCUCUGUCAACAGACUGAAGAGCACUGUGGACCCCAAACAGAUGCUGCUGUCGUGGGAACAGGGAAGUCCUGUGAUGGAGGCUGGAUCCUCUGCUACAGACACCACCAGCCUGGAGAACCAAGACAACACCAGUGUGAGCAGCCUGAGUAACCCUGGUCCUGCUGCCCCACCCACCAAGAGGAUCGCCUUCCUGUUUGACUCCACCCUCACCGCCUUCCUCAUGAUGGGGAACCUCUCUCCGAACCUGAAGAGCCAUGCGGUCACCAUGUUUGAGGUGGGGAAGCUGUCAGACGAGACCCUGGACAGCUUUCUGAUGGAGCUGGAGAAAGUAGAGAGCACAGCAGAGGGCGAGGCCCAGAGGUAUUUUGACCAUGCUCUGACCCUCAGGAACACCAUCCUGUUUCUCCGCUACAACAAGGAACUAACCACCGACCAGGGCCCUGACCUGCCUAACAACGGCCUCCCCCUGGAUAUGCUCCGCUGUGAGAGUCUGCUGGGUCUAGACCAGGCCACCUGCAGCCGUGUCCUCAACAAGAACUACAAACUACUGGUCUCCAUGGCACCGCUCAGCAACGAGAUACGACCUAUCAGCAGCUGCACGCCUCAGCACAUUGGCCCAGCCAUCCCCGAAGUGAGCUCCAUCUGGUUCAAGCUCUAUCUGUACCAUGUGACCGGCCAGGGUCCUCCCUCCCUGCUGCUGUCCAAGGGCUCCAGGCUCCGGAAACUACCAGACAUCUUCCAGGUUUUUGACAGGCUGCUGAUCACUUCCUGGGGUCACGACCCCGGUGUGGUUCCUACGUCCAACGUGCUGACCAUGCUCAAUGACGCCCUCACACACUCCGCUGUACUCAUACAAGGCCAUGGGCUGCAGGGUCAUGGAGAGACAGUUCACGUCCCCUUCCCGUUUGACCGGGAGGAUCUCAAAGGAGAGUUCUCCUCCUCCAACAUGUGUGUCCACAAGGCCUUGCUGCUGCUGAGGGAGAAGGUGGAUCUGGAGCACCAGUGUGGUUACAUCACCAUGCUCAACCCCAACAGCAGGCACCGCAGGAGGGCCAGCGAGAGCUCCGACGGCAGGGGAGACAGUCAUCUGGGAGGUGGGUUGGAGGCCAACAGCAGCACGGAGUCCUUUGAGCUGGUCACAGAGGACAACAAUGGAGGAAAGCAAGCAGCAGAAGUGCCGUUGACAGAAGAUGAGUGGGUCCCUCUAGAGCUGUGCUUUGGGAUGCCUCUCUUCAGCUCCGAGCUGAACCGCAAAAUAUGCCGAAAGAUCGCCUCGCACGGCCUCUGUAGCAAAGACAGCCUUCAAGACCUACUUCAUUCCAGCCGAACACUGUCAUUGAAUGUUCUGAGUUUUGUUCAGUCGUUCCAGGAUGGCAGCCAGGGUCAGCCCGACCCUGACAGUGGAGUGUCCGGUCCUCUCAGCCAGCCCCCGGCCGAGUCUGGUGUUCCGCUGCCCGCUCUCAACCUCAUCUUCAAGGAUGGACAGCUGAGGGAGUGGAGUGGACGAGCACCUCCACCCCUCCACAUCUCAGCCCUGCAGAAAGACCAGACCUUAUAGACCCCUCCACAUCUCAGCCCUGCAGAAAGACCAGACCUUAUAGACCCCUCCACAUCUCAGCCCUGCAGAAAGACCAGACCUUAUAGACCCCUCCACAUCUCAGACCUGCAGAAAGACCAGACCUUAUAGACCCCUCCACAUCUCAGCCCUGCAGAAAGACCAGACCUUAUAGACCCCUCCACAUCUCAGCCCUGCAGAAAGACCAGACCUUAUAGACCCCUCCACAUCUCAGCCCUGCAGAAAUACCAGACCUUAUAGAACAUGUCACCUUAUCUCAAACACUCAUUCAACCACAUAACUAUAACUUCCUGUCUCUGUCCUGCAAAACACCAGCCCACAGUAGCCCCACCCACCCUAAGCCAUCCCCAAGACUUGAUGGUGUUACUUUGGCGUGGCCAUGAGGAGACUGUCUGUACUGGUCAUUUACAGUGGUGAUAGCUGGUGAUGUCUAGACCUUAUAGACCAGUGGUUCCCAACCAUGAGGAGACUGUCUGUACUGGUCAUUUACAGUGGUGAUAGCUGGUGAUGUCUAGACCCUUUAGGCCAGUGGUUCCCAACCUGUUUUGGUUACUGUGCCACCAACUGAAUUCUGCUCUGCCUGGAGUACCCCUGAAGUACCCCGUCAUGAGGAUUUUACCAUUAGGCCUGUGGUCUCAUGAGUCUUCUCUAGUAACCCCUGUGGAUAGACCAAAUACCCCCAGGGGUCUUAGUACCCCUGGUUGGGAACCACUGCAUCAGGGCAUCCAGAAAACAUAGGAAACUAUCAAAAGUAUUGACAACACUGUAAUAUUGAGUCCAUAGAGUUCACUAGAAGUUCCCUUUAAUGUCUAUGUUCAAUGGUUAAUACAUUUGCUGAAUAAUAGAAAAAGAUUCACAAAUAACUGUAUUUUUUUGCUGACCUCAGUAGGUGUUUUUGAUGGACUAAGCCUGGAAUGGUUUGACUAGUUCGUGUCUGUAGAGCAGGCAUGGUCAACCCAUUGAUUCUGUUAGUCACUCUCAUUCAGAUAUAUUAAAAACUGCAAACAUUUCUCCCCACCCUGAAAAUGUGUGGAAUUGGCCCUGCAUGAUGGGAAUGCUGACCCUCGAGCCACUUUGGCCCUGCAUGAUGGGAACGCUGACCCUCGAGCCACUUCGGCCCUGCAUGAUGGGAACGCUGACCCUCGAGCCACUUCGGCCCUGCAUGAUGGGAACGCUGACCCUCGAGCCACUUCGGCCCUGCAUGAUGGGUACGCUGACCCUCGAGACACUUUGACCCUGCAUGAUGGUUACGCUGACCCUCGAGACACUUCGACCCUGCAUGAUGG